AUGCGUCUCGUUUCGUUUUCUCUACUGGUCACGGCCUUGGCUGCUGCCUUUGUCAACGCAGCCAGCUUUGCCGAUCUAGUGUCCCAGAUACCCGCCUGCGAUCUGAAAUGUGUUCAAGAAGCACUACCAAAGUCCCCAUGUUCCAUGACUAACACAACAUGUCUGUGCACUGAUCCAACAUUUGCUGGCCUGACACAAGCUUGUGUUUUGGAGAACUGCACCGUUAAAGACUCAUUGACUUUGAUGAGAGUUCAGAGCAUGGCCUGCGGUGUCCCCGUCAAGAGCCAACAGAUGAAGUUCAGGGUCAACGCCAUUAUUGCCUGUAUCAUUGCCGAGAUCGCAGUCAUUCUGAGGAUUUACUCCAAAGUCAGAAUCCUCGGGAAACUGGGUGUUGACGACUACUUGAUCAUGAUAGCAGCUUGUGCUACAGUACCAUACAUAUGGCUCGCUUGCAGACUUGCAGAUCUAGGGUUUGGUUUGAACAUUUGGGACAUCACUCCAUUUGAUCGCUUAUAUGAGCUGCUGAAGCUUUUCUGGAUUGAUCAGAUUAUGUAUAGUGUUCAUUUGUACAGCACAAAGCUCUCCAUCCUCUUUUUUCUUCGUGGCAUCUUCACGACAUCAGAAUUCAAGAAGUUGACAUUAGUGAUCGGCGUAUUUGUCGCCCUUUGUGGUGCGGCAACGAUGAUCACUACAGGCCUUCAAUGCUUGCCUGCAAGUUACAACUGGACAAGCUGGGAUGCUGAGCACAAAGGACACUGCAAUGAUCUGAACGUUCAGACAUACAUUUUUGGUGGUAUCAAUAUGGCUUGCGAUAUUGUCAUCCUACUUCUGCCAUUACCCCAUCUGAUGAAGCUGCAAGUCAAACAUCGUCAAAAGGCUCAACUCUUUGUCAUGUUCAGUCUAGGUAUUGUCGUUACCGUAUUCAGUAUCAUUCGUCUCCCAUUCCUUGUCUCACUUGGCAAAACCUCCAAUCCUACAUGGGAAUACGUUGAUGUCACAAUUUGGUCCAUUUGGGAAACAGAACUGGGAAUGGUUUGCGCAAGUCUUCCGGCUAUUCGGCAUCUUUGCAAGCAUUUCUGGCCCAACGCCAUGUCUACAAUUGCUUCAAAGAUGAGCUUCUCGAGUUCCAACAAGGACUCAAAUUUUGAUAAGAGUGCAGGCAGCUGGAAUGGCAGCCGAGGUACACGCUCCAAAACCGAUAAAGAUAACAAGUCAUACUACGAGCUGGAUGAGCGGAGUUUGAUCGGCAAGGGUCCCGAUCCUGCUGUCAAUGCUAGCACCACCAAUGUCAGUUCAGCGGUUUAG